CCGCGACCCCAGCUGCUUUGUAGGCGCCUCCAAGGUGGAGUCUUCUUGAGCCUGCCGUCUCCCCUCCCUUCCCAGCGCAGAGACGGCUGCGCGGCGCCGCCGAAGGCUGGACGGCUCCGGAUGCACCUCCGAGCAUUCUUGCUGUCUGAGCAAACUUCAAAGAGAGAACCAGCAGGAUGGACGGAAGGCAGGGCCACUUUUGUUUGAAGAAAAGCAUGGAGAAGGAGAAAUGGUUUUCUGAAUGUUGUUCCACACAGAGGAAAGUCAGAACUGGCCUGUAGGAGGAUCAUACGCAAGCGAAGAAGGAUGGCAUUUCAAUUCCUGUCUGUAGUUUGGCCAAAAAAGGAACAUUGAAGUGUCUUUCCAUCUCUUUGCUUUGCUCUGUGGAUGAAGAACUAUCUUGGCAGCCUCCAAUUCUUCGAGGCAGGAAUGGACUAGAUGAGCGAUAAUAAAUGGACAUCAGAUCCAACCAAGACAGAGGUGUCUCUUGUGAACAACCUCAAAGAUGUGGUAGAUCUGUCUGUACUGAAUGGACUUGAAGGAGGAGAUGUUGAAUAAUCCUUGUAACAGGUAGUAUUCCCUGUAUAUUCUGCCUUCACUGGCAGUCAUCUUUUUAAACUAAUUACUUCAGUUUAAAAAGUGGUGGUAAUUCCUCAACAAAUUAUGGCUGUGGCAAAGAAACAUUCAAGUACCUCCCCUCCUGAUGGCGGAUGGGGAUGGAUGAUUGUGAUUGGCUGCUUCCUUGUUACGAUCUGCACUCGAGCUGUGACCAGAUGUAUCUCAAUAUUUUUUGUGGAGUUCCAGACUUACUUUGCACAAGAUUAUGCCCGGACAGCUUGGAUCCAUUCCAUUGUAGAUUGUGCUACUAUGUUGUGUGCUCCUCUCGGGAGUUUUGUCAGCAAUCAUGUCUCUAGCCAAGUGGGAAUCAUGCUUGGAGGACUUCUUGCAUCUGCUGGAUUUAUCUUGAGUUCCUUUGCCACCACUUUGGAGCAUCUUUACCUGUCCUUGGGCAUUCUUACAGGAUUGGGGUUUGCUCUUUCAUAUUCUCCAGCCGUAGCAAUGGUGGGCAACUAUUUUCACAAGAGAAAAGCCCUGGCAUAUGGAAUCGCCAUGUCAGGCUGCGGCAUUGGGACCUUCAUUCUCGCACCUGUGGUCCAGCUUCUGAUUGAGCACUUUUCCUGGCGCGGUGCCUUGCUCAUCCUGGGUGGUUUUGUUUUGAACCUCUGUGUCUGUGGUGCCUUAAUGAGGCCAAUUGAAGGAAAAGAGGACCACAAGAACAUGCUGGAAUUCUCUGAGCAAGAGUUUGAGUUGGAAGCGCAAAAGUCAGGCUUCAAACAGUGGUCUUUCUGUUCUCCCAUGAUCAAACUAUGGUCUCACAAGUGUGUGUGCCAUUGCUCACAGCAGGAAUACAACUUUGUAUUGAUGCCAGACUUUGUGGUGCUUGCAGUGUCCAUCUUAUUCAUGGCUUAUGGCUGUAGUCCACUCUUUGUUUACCUAGUGCCUUACUCAUUAAGUGUCGGAGUCAGCCACCAACAGGCGGCUUUUCUCAUGUCUGUCCUUGGAGUCAUUGACAUCAUUGGCAAUAUUACUUUUGGAUGGUUCAUGGAUCAAAGGUGUUUGAAGAAGUACCGUUAUGUUUGCUACCUCUUUGCUGUGGCAAUGGAUGGUCUCUGUUGCCUCUUCCUUCCAGCUCUCCAAAGCUUUCAACUUCUGCUGCCUUUCUCUUUCACCUUUGGCUAUUUUGAUGGAGCCUACAUUACUCUAAUUCCUGUGAUGACAGCAGAUGUUGUGGGGACUGUUUCCUUAUCCUCCGCCCUUGGAAUGAUCUACUUCCUUCAUGCAGUCCCUUACCUGGUCAGCCCACCUAUUGCAGGCGGGAGGUCGUGCGGAGCAACUGACCAUCUUCUCUUCUCACUAAAAUGUAAAGAAAACCCUGAUAGUCGUUCGUUAGGAAAAGGAGAUUCAAUCGUUUUCAUUCCCACGCCUGAUAAUAACGCUGCAAUCAUGAGUUUCCUCUCCCAGGAAGAUUUAAAGGAGAUUCUCCAACAAAUUGAAUGCCAUUUUACAUGGAUAUUGCAGAAAGAGCAUAUUGAUCCCGAUGAAUUGGAGGAAAGAAUUGUUGAGCAGAUCCGGUUCUUAAUCAAUAAAUCCAAAGUUCUAAAUUACAACCUUCUUGCCUAUGUGAAAUUCCUGAACGACAAGAAGGAAGAAGCACUGGAAAACUUACAGAAAGCUGAAGAGACUGUGCCCAUAGAGUAUCCUGGGGAUGUUGAAAAGAAAAGCCUGGUUACAUGGGGCAACUAUGCCUGGGUGCACUACCACAUGGGCAAUCUUACUGAAUCCCAAGCCUAUGUGAAGAAGGUAGAAAGCGUCUGCAAGCAACUUGGAAGUGAGUCUCCUUAUAAGAUGGAGCUCCCACAGAUCUACUGUGAAAAGGGUUGGGCACUUCUAAAAUUUGGAAACAGGUAUUACGAAAAGGCCAAGGAAUGCUUUGAAAAAGCACUGGAAAAAGAACCAGAAAACCCAGAAUUUAACUCAGGUUAUGCAAUUACAGUAUACCGCCUAGAAGAUUAUUAUGCAAAAAAACAUUCAGGAAUAGGUUCUUCAUUGGAACCUUUGAGGCUUGCAGUAAAACUGAAUCCCAAUGACAUAUUUGUGACUCCUCUUCUCGCAUUAAAGUUACAGGAAAUAAACAGAGUGAAGGAAGGAGAAAAAUACAUUGAGGAAGUGCUUAGACGAUAUCCUGAUGUUCCUUAUGUAUUAAGGUAUGCUGCCAAAUUUUACAGAAAGAAAGGAGAUGUAGAUGCAUCAUUGCAACAUUUGAAGAAAGCACUAAACUUAACCCCAAACUCUGGAUUCUUGCACCAUCAGAUUGGGAUUUGCUAUAGGACACAAUACUUAGCUUUGAAAAAAAAAGGGUCAAAAAACAAAUUGCAGUCUGUUCUAAAGCAGUUUGAACUGAUGAAACUUUGCAUUUUUCACUUCCAGAAAGUAGUGGAGUGUAAAACCAAGUUUGUCUAUGCUUAUAUUGACCUUGCUAACAUAUAUGCAGAACAAGGACAGCUGUGGGAAGCAGAUCAAACCUUUCAGAAAGUGUUUGCCAUCAGCAACUUAACUUCUACAGAGAAGCAGCAACUGCAUUUUAAUUAUGGGCGUUUUCAGGAACGUCACAGAAAAUCAGAAAUGAACGCUAUGAAACAGUACCUGGCUGGACUGAAAAUUGAAAACACUUCAUUUGAACAAAAGAAUUGUGAAAGGAGCUUGAAGCAAUUGUUAGAUAAGGCAGUUAAGAAAGGUACAAAAUGUGUUGAGAUAUUCAAAAGCUUGGGAUUCUUCUACCAACACCUUGGAUUAAAAGAGAAAGCCAUUGAAGCCUACGAAAAAGCCCUGGAAAUGGAUCCUACGAAUGAAGAGUAUCUGAGUGCAGUUAUGAACUUGAAGCUUUCCUUGGAAAGCUAAAUUUCUGUUAUUUUUCAAAAGCACGUGUUUCUAAAUAUUUUUAGCUUUGCACUUCAUGCCAUGUCAAAGACCCAAAUAGUUAGCAUUUACAAUUGCCUUGAACUAGAGCACUUACAUCUCUGCUAUGUGUUUUCUUUGAAAUAUUUUUAGAAGAAUAUUAACUUCUAAUAAGGCCUUAUUAGAGUAUUAAAAGUUAAAACAUUAAAAUUAACAGCAAGCAAGAUAAAAAAAGAAACAAGGUAUAAAUAGGGUGGAGGUAGAAUCUUACAAUGAUGCUCUGUAGCUUCAACUAAUCCUUGCAGAAACUGGAAUGUCUCUGCAUGUACCCCAUUUUACCACUAAGCCGUGAUGGCGCAGUAAUUAAGAUGCAGUAUUGUAGGCUAAUUCUGCUGACUGCUACUAGUAGUUCAAGUCUCACUGGCUUAUGGAUGAUUCAGCCUUCUAUCCUUUCGAGGUCGGUAAUAUGAGGACCCAGAUUGUUGGGGGCAAUAGGCUGACUCUGUAAACUGCUUAGUCUGUGGUAUUGCUAUGGUAUUGCUAGUGCUAUUUCAUCUGCUUCAAACCUGGCUGCUCUGCAUCCGUCAGAAAGGGAAGGGGACUUUGAAUUAAUUAGCUUUGGGCAUGGGAGAUCACUUAAAUCAUCAAACUAAAACAUCACAUAACCUAAUCUGCAGGCAUCCUCAGUCUUAUAUUUAUCCUGCAGUUAUAUAUUCUAAUUGGUUCCCUGGACAAAUAAGUUUCAGUACCAGUACAUCUGCAGGAUACCAAGUUGGACUUUCCUGUCAGGACAAAGUAAUGGAUUAUGACACAGGCAUAAAUAUGACUUUGCGACAAAAGCUAAAAUUUUCAGAGGAUAAUUUUCUCUUGAAUUACAUGCCUAGUAUAUGGAACAUGAUAACUAUUGAUUCUCCAUGCUCUUAUGGCCACAAGACUGAUACUGCAGCCUUGGAAAGAUAAAGGAAUAGCCACAUUCAUGUAAUGGAUUGAAGAGCCAAUUAUGCUACCUAUAAGUGGAUUGCCUAUAGACAUAGACUUGGUGUGGACAAGUACAAUAUAAUAUGGGACUCAUUUAUGCUAAAUAUAGUAGGCAUUAUAGUUAUAUAUGUGUAUGAAAUAUGUAUAACUUGAAUAAUAAUAUACUUGUAUUCUUUUAACCUCUUAUAGUAAUAUGUUUUUUUCUUUGACAAUGUUAACUUAUUGCUAUCAUAAGUAUCUUUUAAAUAACAAAUAAGUUGUCUUACAGGUCUCUUAUGGCCAUUAAAAUGAAAAAUACAACCACUUUUUUCUCUUAUCUUGCACAGUAAUCUAUGAAACAAAAGUUUCACAGUAAUCUGCUGAACAAAAGUAAAAUAUCCUGGCCUUUGAAUUCUUCAAA